CCCCCCACCUCCCCCUGCUCCAGUGAUCCGGCGAUGGAGGCUGUGAACUCAACGGUCAGCUGCCGGCCCAGCGGCAGCACGGCGCCCUUCACCGUCCUCUACGCCCUGGCCUUCCUGGUGGGGCUGGGGGGCACGCUGACCGCCCUGUGGGGGGUGGCGCGUUGCCGCGGCGACCGGAGGAGCAUCGACGUCUACCUGCUCAACCUGCUGGUCUCCGCCCUCCUGCUCACGCUGGCCCUGCCCUUCAAAAUCGCCACCAGCCUGGGCGUGGCCUCCUGGGGGCUCCAGGUGUUCCACUGCCAGGCCUCGGCCGUGGUGGUCUACAUCAGCCUGUACGUCUCCCUGCUCCUCCUCGCCCUGGUGAGCGCCGACCGCUACCUGCAGAUUUCCCAGAGUCCCCGGCUGCGCUGCGCCCGGGAGCCCGGCCUGGCCCGGGUGCUGUCGGCGGUGGCGUGGGCGCUGGUGCUCUUCAUCAUGGUGCCCAACAUGGCCAUCCCCACCCGGGACGUCCCGGAGAAGCAGUGGCUGAGGUGCGCCGAGCUGAAGCGGGAGGAGGGGCUGCACUGGCACAGGCUGGCCAGCUUCCUGGGCACGGGCAUCUUCCUGAACGCCUCGCUCGCCGUGCUCGCUGCCAACGGGCUGGCGCUGCGGCGGCUGUGGGCCAACCACCAUCGGCGUCACGGGGCCGACGGCAGGUGGCUCGACGCCCGCCGCACCGCCCGCCACGUCGCCACGGUAACCCUGGCCUACGUGGUCUGCUUUGUGCCGUACCACGCCGUGCGGACGCCCUACACCCUCACCCAGGGCCGGCCGAUCCACGACUGCCCCCAGUGGAACCACCUCUACCUGGCCAAGGAGGCCACCCUGCUGCUGGCCGUCCUGCACGUCUGCUUCAACCCCGUCCUCUACUUCCACUUCUCACGCUCCUUCCGCCAGAGGCUGAAGCAGGCCUUCCGACCCAAAGGGAACAGUUCUGCGCCUACCCAGGACAUGAAAACCUCCCUCCCAUCUGUUAGGCCCCCUUGAGGCCCCCGUCCGGCCCCUUGAGGCCCUUGUAGACCUCUGUGAGGCACCUUGAGGCCCCUUGAGGCCCCAUACAAAAAAAAAAUCCAGGCUCAGUGCAACUGGGCCCAGCUGCUGUCAAGUCAUCAGACCUUGGUCAAGGACAUAUUAGAACUACAGAAUGUACUUUGAAUGUUAAAAUGAAAUGUGAAAUGUAGUUGUUUGGAAUAUUUGUAAAAAAAUAUAUAUAUAUACAUAUUUAAACUGCCAGCAAUCUGAAGGAAUUUUUACUGAUGCCUAAAGGUUUUAAGAAUUUUUUAUAAUUAUUUGGCCCAGGACUGACACCCACCGGUGUCUUCAUGCUAUGUCCGAAAGCCCUCCUCCUCAAAAACAGAGGCCUGAACUCAAGAAACCAAUCACCUCGGUCCUGACGGGCAGCGUGAUGGAGUCUGUACAACGGGACACUUUCAGGGCCUCUGACUGGUAAAACUGAACGGUCUGAAUCCGUUCCAGAGCGUGACAACUGCGGCAACCACAGAAAAGCAGAACACGCCACUUUCACAGUGAAGCCUGCAGUAUGAACCAACAGGAAACAACAGGCCCGGGUUUCAGUUUGCCUACGGGGGGAGACACGCUGCUGGAUCACCUGGUCUCUGACUGAGCGAGACUAUUCAUUCACAUCCAUCCAUCCGUUAUCUACACCCGCUUAUCCUGAGCAGGGUCGCGGGCGUGCUGGAGCCUGUCCUCUUGCUGUGAGGCGACAGUGCUGCCCACCGCACCGCCGUGCCACACUUAUUAAUUCAUAUCAAAAAGGUUUCUCUCUGCCCCCCUUCCCCCCAAAACCUAUGUGCCUGACAGGAAGUGUUUAGAAAGAAAAUUGUUUAGAAAAAAACAUGUAAAUAAGUAUGCAAAAUAUCCCCCUGCAGUAUUAAGACCAGCGACAUGCAGUGCAGAAACUGUUUGUUGAACAAAAGCCACACAGCCCACACUCCUGAAAGAGAGGAUGGAAACAGAGAGACAUCGUUUCCACGGUUAUCUUGAGCGGGGCGCGUGACGAAGGCUCGUACGCAAGACCGUCGCACUCGGACCACAUCAAAUGCCUGUUUUUUUUCGGGUUGUCGGAUUUCGCUGCAAACCCAGGCAUUUCAGUGAUGUUGCGUUGUGUUGUGUUAGAGGGGAGGUGUGUCUGCAGAUUUGUUUCUCUACUGUGACAUUACGCUCGUAACUGAUACUUGAACCUUAAAAUAAAAAUGCACGUCCGUACGUUA